CGGGGAGAUCCUUUCGGAUAGUUCCGGCGCCAUUUACAUCUUUAACCCUGUUUUAAGUAACUAGUGCCGAUGUACACUAGCCCAUGGGGACCGACGGCUUAACGUACUCUCCGAGGUACGGUGAGACGGCUCGUGUCAUUAUUGGAAAUGAAAAUGGUUUGUCUUUGGCAGGGCUCGAACCCACGUGCACUGGCGUAUGAGGCCAGCGAUUAUGCCGUUACUCCACGGCCGCUCACAUAGAUAUAUAAAUAAUACUUAAAUAUACAAUAUGUAAUAACUCAAUAUGUUAUUGACUUACUAAUCGUGGUAUUUUCUUUCUAUUGACUUCCUCUUUUAUUGUGGGUAACCACAUCCUACCCAUACUAAAAGAGGAAGUCAAUAAAAAGAAAAUACCACGAUUAGUAAGUGAAUAACAUAUCGAGUUAGUACAUAUUUUAUAUUUUAGUAUUAUUUAUAUAUCUGUGUAUUAUUAAUAUUAUUUAUAAUUUAAAAUAACAUAUCGUGGGCGUACUGGGAAAAUCCACUAACUCACAAAAGUAAAGUUUUGAGAAAAACGCAUUUAAACAUUAUAAUACCUUUUGGCUUACCUCUUAAAAAUCGGGUACUCUGGCUGUUCAAGUUUUGGUACCUGGUUAUGAUUUUGAAGGAUGUUAACCACAGGUAGUGUGCACAUAAUAUGUACAUAAAAAUAUUUGGAAAAACAUUAUUUUAUUCAUAAAAACUUAGAAAAAGAUGGAGUUAGUUGAUUUUCUUUGUCAUUGAAUGUACCGAUUUAAGCACGGUAGAUGACGAAUUUGGAGAUAUACGGUUUUUUCCUGUUAACAUAUUGAUGUUUGUGGAUUUAAUGGUAUUAAAAUGUCAAAAUUGAAAAAAAUGGAGUUAGUGGAUUUUCCCAGUACGCCCACGAUAUGUACAUAUUAAGGUCAGAAUUUGGUAUUAGUUUUGAGAGUAAACUAAAGUAAGACCUAAUACUUACGAUGUCGGGAUAGUAUCACGAGGUUUUUUCCUGGUUUUCUCUCGUGAUUUACUAUGGAAUCUCUAACGCGAGAAUUUUACUGUCACCGUUGCAUGUGGUUGUCUUUUUAAAGACAGAUCACAUGCCAUGUUACGAUCUUUUUGUGACGGAUAUUCUUGAGUUGGGGUUGAUUUCAUGUAAUCGAAUGAACUAUCUUUCAGUAAAGUCGUCCCAGGAACGCAACUCAUAAAUAGUGGCAAUAUCAUUUUAAAGUCUUUUACUUUAAAAUGCAUAAUAUAUGUCGGAAUUGCCGAUAUAAAUGAGUCAGAUUAAAUAAUUAGAAGAAUUUUUUCCUAAGCAACAACAUUUUUAAAUGUUGAAUGGGUUGCAUGUGAGAGUUCAUUUUAAAUGAACAACUUCUUUUACUUCAACAACAAUUUUGUUUAAUUCAUUAAUAUUUUUUGUAUUUUGACAAUCCGAUUUGGACGUCGAAAUAAUUCAUAUUCUUUUCUUAAAUUCUUUUUAAAAUUUGCAGUUAAUGUUGAUAAAUACUCAAUAUUAAGAAACUACAUUACAUAUUUGUAGGUUUCUGUAGUUAGACGAUUAUGAUGUUCGUUCUGAAAAUGUUAGUGGUAUAAUUCUUGCCGGAGUUUAUGAUACCUUUGAUAAAUUUAAAUAUUUUUCUUUCAUCGUAAACAUAAAUAUUUGAUAGUUUUAUUUAUUGACUACAUCAAAAUGUCGUAAGAUUAAAAAAAAAUCUUAUCUUAGAACCAAUUCUAGACUAGAAAUGUCGAAAUAACGUCUACAAUUAGCAUGAGAGUAUUAUUUAUUGAGAUUGUACAUUAUAUAGAAAUUUAAGCAUACAGAUUGGAGUGUAUACAAUUUUUUACUGCGUUGUAUAGUUAUUGAAAAAAUCGAGUUGUUUCUUAUCGAUAUCAAUAAAUUUAGUUGUUAUUAAUAUCGGUUUUUGUAAUGACAAUAUUGCAAAAUAAAGUGUUAAUACAAAUACAUCACAAUGUCACAUUAGUUGUGAGAGAAAUAAAGAAAAAAUAAUAAUUAUAAGUCUACUUUGUUUUAAUGUUUGUUAUAUAGGGUGUCCCCGAAAAUAGUGCGUUCCUUAAAGGUAUAGGUAGAAGGCACCAUGUAGAGCAAAAAAGUCUUAUAACAUUUUUUUCUAAAUGCAACCCUUUGGCUAAAAAACCAAAAUACAUUUUGGUAUGCAAAUUGAAAUCUGACAACUAUGUAUACAAAAAUCUAAACAUAGCAGGUCUUAUGGUUAGCAGGUCUAUUUAAUAGAAUUAUGGAAAUUGGACAAAUGCCAGACGAAUGGAGAAGCAGUAUAUUAGUACCUGUCUACAAAAACAAGGGAGACAUUCUACAGGGCUAUAAAACUACUUAGUCACACCAUGAAAAUAUGGGAGAGAGUAAUUCAUAGACGGAUACGUGAAGAGACCGAAAUAUCAAGAAUCAAUUUGGCUUUAUGCAGGGCAGAUCAACAACAGAUGCAAUUUUCAUUGUAGGGCAACUGAUGGAAAAAUACAGGAAUAAAGACACCAACGCUCAUAUGGUAUUCAUUGAUCUUAAGAAAGCAUGUGAUAGAGUUCCUCGAGAGAUUCUGUGGUGGGCACUCAAUAAGAAAGGAGUCCCUGGCGAAUAUGUAAAGAUUGUGAGAGAUAUGUAUGAGGAAGUAACGACUAGUGUUAGGACAUGUGUGGGAGAGACUGAUAAAUUUCAGGUGAAAGUAGAAUUGCACCAACGCUCGGUGCUUAGUCCUUAUUUAUUCUCAUUAUCUUCUCUUCUUAUGUAAAGAUUGUGAGAGAUAUGUAUGAGGAAGUAACGACUAGUGUUAGGACAUGUGUGGGAGAGACUGAUAAAUUUCAGGUGAAAGUAGAAUUGCACCAACGCUCGGUGCUUAGUCCUUAUUUAUUCUCAUUAGUUUUGGACCAGAUAACAGCGAAACUACAGGGAAGCAUUCCAUGGUGCCUAAUGUAUGCUGAUGAUGUAGUGUUAAUAGGAAAUAGUGAAAGAGACUUGGAACAAAAACUGGAACAGUGGAGACAAGCUCUGGCGGAGAAAGGUUUAAAACUUAGUAGAAUAAAAACAGAGUAUUUGGAAUGUUCAUUUAAAGAUGGAGUUACUACAAAUAAAAUGGAAUCUUUGGAUGGUGAAAUAAUUGUGAAAAGUAAUAGUUUUAAGUACCUAGGAUCGGUAUUACAGAGUAAUGAAGAAAUAGAUGAAUAUGCAUGCAGUAGAAUUAGGGCUGGAUGGAUGAAGUGGAAAGAGGCGAGUGGUGUGUUGUGUGACAAAAAAAUUCCAAUGAAGCUGAAGGGAAAAUUCUAUAAAACAGCCAUAAGACCGGCUAUGAUGCACGGAACUGAAUGUUGGGCAGUGAAAAAGAAAGAGGAACAACGAAUGCAUGUGGCGGAAAUGAGAAUGCUUAGAUGGAUGAGUGGAGUGGCAAAAAAGGAUAAAAUUAAAAAUGAGUAUAUUAGGGGAAGUCUAGGUGUGGCACCAAUUGAUGCCAAAAUGAGAGAGCAUUGAUUGAGAUGGUUUGGUCAUGUUCAACGUCGAGACGCUAAUCACCCAAUACGAAGAAUAGCUGAAGUGCAGAUUCCUGGAAGGAGUAGGAGAGGAAGACCAAAGAAGACCUGGGGGGAGACGAUAAGGCAGGACAUGUUGGUAAAUGGAAUUAACAUUGAUUUGACCCAAGAUACAAUUGUGUGGAGAAAUGCAAUUAGGGAAGCUGACCCCGCAUAGGGAUAAAGCAAAGCGCUUCCUUAGAGGUCGAACUAAAGAUUAACAUGAACAAGACAAAUAAUGACUGAUCUGGUGCUAAAUCGUAAUGCUGUUAAUUAUGGAAGGGGUAUUGAGUAGACUGCAUUAUAUAACUACUAAGAAAUUAAAUUCGGUUGGACAGAGAUAACCAGACAUGUGAGCUCCCAUGUCGCAUUGAAUUAGCCUGGGCAGCGUUUGGUAAAUCGGACGUAUCCGUAUGCCACAAAUAUCAUACCUGGGCAGCAAUGAUGAAAGGUAUCCCUUUUUUCCCUUGCUCACCUCUCUUCAUCUGCUCUGUUCCUUUUUUUUCUCCCACUCUUUCCCAAUCUCUACAUCCCGUACUAUACAUACUACGUACAUCCCAUAUCAAGAUAUAAUGAUCCGACGAUAGGUUGUUGUUAGUCAAAUUUGAGUAGGGCUUUAGGCAUUUUUUAAGCUUCUGGUUGGGAGAAACAACAAGCUCAGAAGUUUCUGCCCUAGUUUGCAGGUGGCUUAUGAAUUUUCACUUACUUCUUACUUUUUUGUUCGUUGUUCCCUCUCCCCUUUUCCGCUCUCUUCGUUAGCCCAAAAUUGCUCUUCCUCCUGUAGUUUUGUUGUAAAUUACCUUAUUCCCUUAAAUUUUUCACACUGUCUAAAUCAGAUUUUCUUCAUAUGUCUUGAUAUUGUCGUUACAAGAACCAGAAUGAAGCGAGCUAAAGAUUGCAGAUUCAUAUGUUACACGUUGCCAAUUUUUGUGAUAUACUGUUACUAGCGGGAACUUACAUCACACAAAUUUUAUGGUUUUGUUCAUAGGUACAGUUUUUUACGAUAAGAAUGAAAUUACGUCAUUGUAGUAACUUUUAAAUGUCCAACCAUACAGCAAACUCCCUGUGCAUAGAUUCUGAUAAUUACCGUUCUUGAAUCGUUACGCGCAAGCGCAAUAACGAAUAAUUUUGCGCAGUAGCACAUUUUUAGUUACUGCGCAUACUCGUGACCAUUCAAGAACGGUUUUUUGACGGGUUGGAACAAACCUAUAAUAAGUGACUUUUAAUGAAUUAUCAGUUUGCAAAAUAUUGAAGUAUUGCCAGUGCAUUUCUCGCGGCCUUUUGUUAUUGUGUUUGUGUGAAUUGGAGGUUAGGUCGUGUUGGGUAGUAUACCUAUUUACUUUAUCGUUUCAAUUUUUCGGCAAAUUAAACUAAAAAAGUUCUUUUGAAAACUAAUAAAGAUUCCUUUAUACAUUUUCAAAAAUGCCUAGGUCUUUAGGAAAUUGUGCCCAGAAAAUUGUUUUUAAAAGAAGAAAAGGAAAAGUUAGAUAAUGUGUGUUUAAGAAGAAUCGGAAAUGGAAAAAUAUUUUGACAACGACGCACUUGACCAUUGUGUGACGUCAUUUCAUUCUUAUCGAAAAAAACUGUAUAUUGAUUUUCCUAAAGUUUGAGAACUCUCAGGGCAUUAAAGGUAGACAAUAAUGAAAAAUAUAUAAAAACUUAUACUAGAAUCAGUCAAAAUAGUUAAGAGGUUUGCAGUAAAAUAUUGAGAGUUUCCAAACAAAAUUGUGAAAUCAUAAUCAAAAUUUUGUAGCUUAAUCUAAAUGCCCGAUGUUCAUAGUUGCCUCGAUAUUUAUUUCAUUUUUCUUGGAACUAUGGUAAUACAACAAUAUGUAAAUAAUGAACAUUAUAUAUUUACAAGACAUAUUCGUUUAUUUAUUAACAACUCCUCUUGUCCUUAUUGCGAUGUGUGUCUUAUACAGUAUGAUGCAAAAGUAUCUAAUAAAGUCACCAUUUCAGAAA